AUGGCCGACCAAAAGGACGCCUUCCAGGCCCUGUCCAGUGAGAAUCGCGGUACACUGAUCACCUUGACCUCAGUAUCCCUUCUGAUCGUGGCCAUUAUCUUCGUGGCCGCCAAGUUCGGGUCUGCGAUCUACUUCAAGCAGCGACGCACCGCGGUCAAUACUCCCAUUUGGGCGGCUUUGAUUCUUGCCAUCAUCCAAGUCGUUCUCCUACAGAAGGCUGUUGAUCAUGGACUGGGAAGACACCAAGACCUAUUUAGCGACGACGAUAUCCAGACCUGGAGCAAGUUCGCAUAUGUUGCGCAUAUCCUGCUCAUCGGUGCUAUGUCGCUUUCGAAGAUGUCGACCAUUCUGCUGAUUUGGAGGUUAACGCCGAGUAAGAUCCUGCGUCGCAGCUGUGCUGUUGCCACUGGUAUUGUCGUGGGCUGGUCGAUAUUCGCGGUGUUGGGUAUCGCGUUUCAAUUCUUCAACAUCCUCACGGAGGUCAUCAUCGUCGUCCUACCCUUCUUCAUGAUGCGCAACGUCCAGAUGGCCUGGCACAAGCGAGUGAAGAUCUUGUGCUCCUUCUCCGCGCGCUCAAGCGUCGUCUGCCUCGGGAUUGCGCACCUCGCCCUCAUCUCCUCCUUCAGCCACUCAACCGACGUCUCCUGGGACAUCGUGAACUGGGAAAUCAUCGCUCAAACAAUGAUGCUCACUGGCGUCAUAACCGCCUGUGUUCCAACCCUCUACCACAUCUUCGCCGGCCUACACUCGGGCCUCACCACAACGCAAAUCCCCGAUGGGAUCGGCCUCGAACUUCCGCGGACCAAGGUAAGUGGGUAUAUCAACCAGUCUUCCUCGGGGGCAAGCCAGUCAGCUCGCGGCCGUUCGAUGAAAAUCGGGCGGUCGAUGUUCGAUGGGCGCAAUACGGACGGGGUGGUUACAGAGGUUUCAACGGGUGGGAAUCUGGGUCGUGAUGAGGGGGAUAGACAGUCGAGCUCGAGUGAAGGGGCGGAGAGUACGAGGCAUUUGACGCAGGGGAACGGGGGUGUGCUUAGGACUGUCGAUGUCACGGUGAGUGUUGAGAAACAGGAUCAUCGUGAUAGACUUUGA